AUGGAGACCGUCCUCGUGGGCUUGUUGAUGGUGAGGAACAACGGCACCAGGAUGAACCAGAAGACAUACAUGUUGGUGACGUCCAUCGCUGCCUCGACUGAGAAAACCAACAAGACCACCUUCAUUUCCAUGGGGUUGGCGGCGAAGCAAGAAGUCGGAGAUUGCCUCCAGGGUGUCCCAGACGCAGAGGAGGUCGUCCGUAGUCAGCAGAGGUUAUCCAACGUCGCGGAGUCGAGCAUCGAUUGUGUCGACGUCUAG